UGGAAGAAGAGACAAGCCUUCCUAGUAAGAAAAAAUGGACGCCGCCGCCGCAGGAGCGAAUAAGCCUCGCCAGGCUAAGACUAGCGGCAGGAAGGUAAAGAAGAAGGAGAAAGCGGAAGGAAAAGAACGACACAACCGCAAAGCCUUCACUUAUUCUGGCGGUAAGAACUCAGUGCGCAAGAAAGUGCAACAAUCAGCAGACCAGAAUACGAGAAAAACUCAUGCCCCUAAGCUCGAUAAGACGCCAGACAUCGCACCACCCUAUGUGGUCGUUGUGCAAGGUACUUGAACUUGUGACUUAAAUCUUUGUGCCAAUUAAGCUUGCAUGAUAGAUGAAGAUCAAUUCUCCUCAAAGUAGAUUUAAACCUUCCAAGGUUUCUGCUUACAGCAAAGAGAAUCCAAUUCACUUACAUUAUCCAAAUCAAACAACAUCCUAAGGUCCUCGCGGCAGUGGUAAGACCACUUUGAUCCGGUCGUUGGUGAAGCACUAUACCAAGCAGAAUAUUUCCGAUGUCGUGGGCCCCGUCACUCUGGUCACCAGCAAGCACCGUCGCAUCACGCUCUACGAGGCUCCUAGUGGAGACUUGGCGGCACAAAUAGACUUGGCCAAAAUCGCAGAUCUGGCUUUGUGCAUGAUUGAUGCUUCAGUUGGGUUCGAGAUGGAAACCUUCGAGUGGAUCAAUUUACUCCAGAACCACGGGUUUCCGAAGGUGAUGGGAGUUUUAACGCACUUGGACAAGUUUCCGGAGACGAAGACGAUAAGGAAGAAGAAGAAGGAGUUCAAAGCGCGGUUUUGGGCAGAGAUCUACGAUGGCGCGAAAUUGUUCUACUUCUCUGGCCUGCAAUAUGGACGUUAUGCGAAGACGGAGGUGACGAACCUAGCACGCUUUGUGGCAGUGCAAAAAGUACCAUUGGUGCAGUGGCGACAGGGGCACCCGUAUUUGCUUGCUCUGCGGUGGGAAGAUCAGACUGAUCCAGCAGGGAAGAAAAAGAAGGACAAUGACGAUAGAAGUGCAACAACUCUUACAGCCCUUGCUGCUGCUGGCAAAGCAAAAGCACUAGAGAACAAUGGUGAUGACCAGAAAAUAGAAGAAAUCGAUCUCAACACUUCUUCAGCAGACGAGUCGAACUACUUCCGGCGGUUGCAUCUCUAUGGUUACACCUAUGGAGCACGACUGCGUCAAGGCCAAUUUGUGCACAUUUGCGGAGUUGGCGAUUUCCCUAUCUCAUCAAUAGAACAGUACACGGAUCCCUGUCCUUCGCCUCUAGCGACAGAAUUGGCAGAAGGCAAGCCGAAUGCGAUCGAGUUCGCAGAAAAGAACAAGAUCAAGAAGAAGAAAGUGAACAACUUGCGGACGCUGCAGGAGAAACAUAAAGCGGUACUACUUGUGACGUAGAAGAACUGAAAUUUGUUUCGUCCGUACGACUAGCACGCUAGUUCAUAGAGUAGGACGAUUUCAGUUCUUCAUAUUGUAGUUCCAUAUCCGUUCAUUGAUUCGUUUUUGAUUUUGUCCCUCCUCGUCCGCAAAUGCUAGAACUGUAAACCCCUCCCUGUCAAGGUCAUCAUCCAACAAUCUAAAAUUCCCUAUCAUCAUUCAACAGAUUUACGCUCCUGGAUGCGAUAUCGGCAAUGUUUUGAUGGAUCGCGACGCAGUUUACAUUAAUUUGCCAAAGCACCAAGUCGGAUUCACCAAACGCGAAGAUGAAGAUGAAAACGCAGAACUUCCUGAAGCUGUAUCGCUUGUCCGUGAGCUGCAAGGCAAAGUUGGUGCUCUGAAUGACGUUUCUGCUGCGGGCAAGCUGAGGCUGACGGGUCGUAGCAGCGCAGUCCUGUCAGGGGAUAGACGGAUGGCGCCUAAAACGACAACUCAUUCUGAAGGAAAUGAAGCUGGAAGCGACGAAGACGGAGAAUGUGCUUCUAGCGAUGAAGAAGGUGGAGAUCUCCACAGUGGAUCAGAGGAAGAAGACGAGACGAAAAAUGCGACUGGUGCAGGUGAAUCUGACGACGAUGAAGAAGAAGAAGAUGGAAAAGCUGCUACGAACAAUGGUCGUGGGUCAGAUGACGAAGAAGAUGGUGACUCAGCAAGUGAUGAACCCGAGGAUGAUGAGCAAAAGUUGGCACACAAGCGACAAUUCUUUGCAGAUGCGAAGGCGCGUUUUGCUAAAGACGUGCCUCUCGAGGACCUCAUCUAUGGGAAUCGGCGUGCGUCAGGUCUUCUAGGCAAUAAUCUAGGCAAGAAGAAAUCUUCUACAGGAAAAGGUCAACUCCAAGUCGGCGGUUCUUCGUCUUCCUCGUCAAUCGUGAGAACGGUUGACUUUCAAGAUGGUAACAGCGACGGUCCUAAGAAACUGCAAUUGUUCGGAGACGCUUCAGAUUCUGAAGGUGACGACGGCGAUGCCCUGCUAGACGAUGAGAUGAACACUCCCGCGGAAGACAACCGUCCUGAAUCUUGGAGGCUGCGCUGCUUGCCCAACGAAAGUCGUUUCCUAUGGGAUGAAGAGGCACGAGCAGAGCUGAAAAAGACUAGAUUCGUGACAGGCGACUGGAAUGCGUCUGGUCGUGAAGGAGGAGGUGAUGUUGAGGAUGAAGAUGGCAACAUCAUGGGCAAUGAUGACUUGGAUCCAGAACAACAGCGACUAUUGAACACCGAUGACGCAGAGCUUUCGCCGGAUGAAUUACGAGAAAAAAAGGCCUUGGUCAUGGAACAGCGCACGAAGCAGGAGGAAAAGGACAAGAACCAGCAAGACGACACUGACGAGUUUGGCCGACGAAACGUGGUCAAAAAAUUGAACGUGGAGGACAUGCUCGAGCACGCAGAUGCUCUACCCAUUGGCGCUUACGUGCGAAUUGUCAUCGAAAACGUGCCGAAGAUUAGUGUGGACGGGUUAAAUUUGGCCAGGCCCUUGGUCGUUGGCGGCUUACUUCCUGGAGAAUUGAAGAUGGGAGUGAUGCAACUGCGCAUAAAAAACCAUCGUUGGGCUCCUCGCGUUCUCAAAAGCAACGACGUUCUUCUAGCUUCCAUCGGAUGGCGCAGGUUUCAGACCUUACCAAUGUUCUCCUUAGAGGACCGAAACGAAAAACGCAUGCGCUUCUUGAAGUACACGCCAGAGCACAUGCACUGCCACAUGACCUUCUUUGGACCACUGGUGCCUCCAAAGACUGGUGCGGUGUUCGUGAAAAGCCUGAAGAACGUGGCCAACUACCGCGUGUCAGCAACGGGCCAUGUCCUUGAAUCCAACCAGAGCUUCAAUGUGGUCAAAAAACUCAAAUUAACCGGUGAACCCUACAAAAUCUUCAAGCACACGGCGUUUGUCAAGGGCAUGUUUAACUCCGAUCUGGAGUGCAACAAGGCUUUGCACGCCAAGCUGCAGACGGUAUCAGGGAUUCGUGGUGAGAUCAAGAAAGCCGAAGGCACAGAAGGUCAUUUUCGCGCGACAUUUGAGGACAGAAUUCUCAUGUCCGAUCUCGUCCUGCUCAAGUCAUGGGUUCAGGUAAAAAUGACCUUACUACUCUGUUACUCAACAGAUUUAUUUUUUACAGAUGGUUAUUUGCGUUCCUGGGUUAUGAAGAACUCCGACAAUGUCACUAGCUAAUGGAAAUGAUAGUCAAACACUCGUCUCCACCACAGGUCGAGCCGAAGCAAUUUUACAAUCCUAUGUUGGAUAUUUCGGAGUGGCGUCGUAUGAAGACCAUUGGCGAGCUGCGUUUCGAGCAAUCCUUGCCCGCCGCAGCUCCCAACAACGCCAAGGGCGCCUUAAAGCGUGCCGAAGACUCCAACUAUGGCAAACAGUUGAUCCGAGAACGCCGAAAGUUCGCGAAGUUGCAGCUCCCGAAGAGCGUUGAGAGCAACUUGCCAUUCAAGACAGUACCUAAGUUGGAGAUGCGCACUAGGAAGAAGGCAGACGAGUGGGCUACUGAGGAGAGCAAGAUGAUCAACCGAGCCGUCACUUCUCUCCUCAAGACGGACCGGGAGCACCAAGUGGACAGUGCUUUGCAGAGGCUGCAGACGGUGAAGGUGGACAAGCUGCGAAAAAAUACGGAAAGAAGGAAGGCGAAAACAUUGGAAAAGGUGCGGAAGGAAGAAAAGAUCCAAGCCUUGCGAGACGCUCACACAAAGGAAAACCGCAAAGCAAAAUACGUCAAACAAGGGAAGGAAGAAGAGAAAAAGCGCAAGAAGAUGCGACUGGAAGAUUAAUCUUGUGCCUCGUUUGUGGACAACUACAACCUGUCAUGCUGGAGUUGUAUCUUUCCAGUCGUAUAAUUGUAAUCUCGUUGUUACAACUUGUUCUCGCUCUCGCAUACUUUGAUGUCUUCUACCUCGUCAAGAAGGAGGUGCCACCCUGUAACAACCGGGUGGCACCGUAUUACUUCAACCCACUACAACUUUAGCCCUCGCACAUGCAAGCAAAAAUGCAAUGUAUGGACGACACAAUACUCAAACAUGCAUGGAUUUACUUUUCAAUCUAAUAGUUGUACAAAUCGGGUGAGGCCAG